GCUCCAGUAGACGGAGAGACCGGCGUCAGUCUGCGCGUCUCUGUCCGGUGCCGGGAGCCUUUCCGCGGGGUGUGCUCGGUCCUGUUCGUUGCUGUAUCUUCGGAAACAGUUAGAGGGUAUAGCACAGCUUUAUGUGUGGAGUUAGAUUCAUUGAAUGUGAUUGAAGUUCCAUCAGAGAGUACAGAUCGGAUCAGAUCGGCUGUUUCUGCGCCAGAGGCACCGGAGAACCGGCGCUUCCGUUCGGCUCCUCUCAGCGGAUCGGGGCUGAUUAUUUGAUACAUUCAAUCAGCCGGACUGGACUGAUACUUUGAGGUCUAACAACUUGAACAACUCCAGGUGCAGGAUGCCGUCUCUGGGUGUUGGUGGUCUGCAGGUUUUAGCAGUUCUACUUGUGUUCUGUACUGGCCGUGGUUUGACUCAAGCAGAGACUCUUGUGACCGUCCGAAGAGUGACCCACCCGUCUUUGCGGCACCCGUUAGCGGGCUCCGCCCUCCUCCCAUGUGUGUUCACCCUGUCGCCCGGCCUCUCCCCGGGUCACGGCCCUUACAUCCACUGGACCCGUCGCUCAGGAGACCAGGAGAGGAUGGUCUUGUCCGCCCGGGACGGGGUGGUUAGGGUACACCAGGCGUACGCGGGACGGGUCAGUUUGCCAGGUUACUCCGCCAACCAGCUGAACGCAUCAAUAGCGCUCUCGCAGCUCCGCUCCAAUGAUUCCGGGACUUUCCGAUGUCAAGUCGCCUUGGGAGACAAUUAUGAGCAGGAUACAGUCAACCUGGAGAUCACAGGUGUGGUGUUUCACUACCGUACAGCAGCGGACCGAUAUUCACUCUCCUUUGCGGACGCCAUUCGUGCUUGCGAGCAGAAUUCGGCUGAAAUCGCCACUCCGGGGCAGCUGUGGGCAGCGUUUCACGCGGGCAUGAACAGCUGUGCGCUCGGCUGGCUCCAAGAUCAGACCGUCAGGUACCCCAUCCAGAGACCAGAGCUCGGUUGCUAUGGACACACAGAGUAUUCUCGUGGAGUGAGGAAUUAUGGGAAACGUAACCCUGACGAUUUGUUCGAUGUGUACUGUUUCGCCAGUGAUAUGGAAGGUGAAGUGUUUCUCGCCAGGGUCCCCGACAAACUGACUCAUCCUGAGGCCGCGGCUCACUGCGUGUCACUUGGCGGUCAGCUGGCGACUGUCGGGCAGCUCUAUCUGGCCUGGAGGUCUGGACUGGACCACUGUGAGCCCGGCUGGUUGGCUGACGGCAGCGUGAGGUAUUCUGUCAACACACCGCGUUCAGAGUGUGCGGGAGGAGAAGCAGGUGUCCGAACGGUUCCACCAGCGGAGCUGAGCAACGGAACGGCACGCUUUUACGCAUUCUGCUACCAAGCAACAAAACCCCAGAAGGCUCUGCCGAGCAUUGUGAAGUCUUUACUGCGGCCGUGGAGGUACAUGACUGGAGACAAUGAUGACAGUUCAGAGAAAACAGAGGAUACGUCCAAAUCUUCCUUGGCCACCUACACAUCCACUGGAGUUCAGGGCCUGUCUGUUCUUCAACCCUCUAACUGGACCGGCCAGGUGGAUUUGGACAAAGAGCCGCACGUGACCUCUGAACCCGCCGAGCUGACGGCCGAGUAUUUGACAGUCCGCCUCCGAGCUGGCGACACGGCUCUGGACUGGAGCGGCCAGCUGGACUCAUUCCCGGAGAGCGAGCAGGUGUUCCCAGACUUUAUCUCCGAGAGUCCUGGCGGUUCAGCCAAAGAGGAUGAAGAUGAAGGACCAUCAGGUCAGUCGGUCUCUCCAGCAGCUUCUGAGACGCCACAGGGAAAGACUAAGAGUUCCCUCACAAACAUCGUCAGCUCAUUGUGGAAACCCUGGAGUUAUCUGACAGGAAGUGAGUUGGAGACGACACCCGAAAGCACAGCGGCCACCGUGACGCCAUCGCCAGACAUCAAAUCGACUGCAGCUCCAGGAUCAGGUUUGAUAUCAUGGUGGGACAGCUCGUGGCUGUCCGGUCCAUCAUCAGUCCCUGAUAAAUCAAUUGCCUCCAAUCCGCCUGUGAGCUCAACAGCGCCAACGACAAUCCCGUCAACCAUCACCAGAGACGAACUAAGCGACAACCAACCCAGUAUAUCUGAACAGAACAUUCCAGCGACAACAGGAGAUUGGGUCGAAGUGACGAAAACCCCUGAGCAGAAAGCGAGUACCCCUGACGACAACGUUACCACAGAGAGAAAAGUCGAUGUCGUAUCAACUGAGUCCAGAUUCGGAUUGUCCUUAGCAGAGAACAUCUCUGGAGAAAACCAAGCUCCAGAUAUGGAGGGUAGUUCUUGGGGUGACACCUACCUGUCAUCAGGUCCCACGUCCCAAACGCCGCUCACAGUCGCAACAAUGAGUACCGGUUCAUUCACAGAGCACAGCGCUACGACCCCACUUGGCCAAGACGAAGGCGUGGAAGAGGCACGUGGAGAAAUUCAGUACAGGCAAAGAAACAAACCCAAUACACUCAACCAAAGUACAACGGAGAUGACAACAACAGUCGUCGAGAGCUCAACAAUAUCAUCCCCUGUAUCUUCUAGCACUGAAAACAGAGGAACAACCACCUCAACAUCUGCAGACGAGUCUCAAACAUCGAGCUUUGAAACGACGGUCCCCAGCAGCACAGAGCGAGAUCUGACCAGCGCUGAGGUGAUCAGGAAAAACAGUUCCAGCGGAUCAGAUGUGAGCGACAGAUGCAGCUGUCUGCAUGGAGGAACGUGUCUUCCACAUGGAGAGGGUUUCCAAUGCUUCUGUCCGCAGGGUUAUGCUGGAGAGAGCUGUGAAAUUGAUGUUGACGACUGUCAGUCGAACCCGUGUGAGAACGGAGGCACCUGCAUUGAUAAAGAAGACUCGUUCGAGUGCCUGUGUUUGCCCAGCUACAGCGGAGACAGAUGUGAGAGAGACACAGAGGGUUGUGAACACGGUUGGAAGAAGUUUCACGGUCACUGCUACAGACUGUUUCCACGGCGACAUACCUGGGAGGAUGCUGAGAAGGACUGCAGGGAGCACAGCAGUCACCUGACCAGCAUCACUUCCUCCAUGGAGCAGGACUUCCUCAACGGUUUGGGUCAUGAGAACGCUUGGAUUGGACUGAAUGAUCGUACAGUAGAAGAGGAUUUCCAGUGGACAGAUGCAUUGGACGUGGUGUAUGAAAACUGGCGCGAGAAUCAGCCGGAUAAUUUCUUCGCGGGUGGCGAGGACUGCGUGGUGAUGAUCUCGAGAGAAGACGGCAAAUGGAACGACGUGCCCUGCAACUAUAAUCUACCGUACAUCUGCAAGAAAGGAACCGUCAUGUGCGGCACGCCGCCUGCAGUGGACAGCGCCUAUCUAGUGGGUCGCAAAAGGUCACACUAUGACAUCCACGCAGUCGUGCGAUACCAGUGUGACGACGGGUUUUUCCAGCGACACAUACCGACCGUCCGCUGCCGACCCAACGGAACCUGGGAGCGACCCAAGAUCAUCUGUGCUAAGUCACGAAGAUCUCACCGUUACCGUCGGCAACACCAUAGAUCCCGCCGCGAUCAUCGAAGACACCGCCGCCAUGGGCACAGGGGGCGUGAUUAAGAUGCCCUCUUGAACCGCCUUGAUUCCAGUUUCUUUGUUCUCCAGUCCGAAAGUCCAAAGUCGAGGAAAACAAAAACAGACCCUGAAGGACAAAACAGUCACUCGCAUCACCUUCUCUUCGUACAGAUGUCUUCUUGUCCUUCGAAACUGUUUUACUCUUUUACUUUUAACUGCUGUUUAUUAACGUUUAUUUAGGAUUCAAUAACCCGGUUCGAUCCUGCUUUAAGAGGACUUUCUGAACUAACAAACUCUACAGUCCUUAGUUUGACCUUCAGACAUGCAGACCGAGUUUAUACUUGCAAUCUAGAGCCUCAUUCUGCUGUUAAUCUGUUAUAGGAUAGUUGUAUUCAUUUAAGCCUUAGCCGAGAAUGUAGGUAAUGCAGUGUAUUUGUUUGGCCUUAGAUGUUUUGGGUUAUGUAAUGCUUCAAAUAUAUGUAUUGAAUGUGGACCAGAUUCCCUUAAAUGACAGAACUAAUGCCCUUCGUGUUCUUGCCAGCUUCUAUCACCAAACCGGAUGGAAAUUUGCAUAUUUAUUAAGGUUAUGAAUUGUGGUUAUUUAGUCCACUCGGGUACCUGACAGAUAAAACACACAUCUUUAUAUUGUUAGUCUGUGUAAACAUGCAAAUGUCAUCAUGCUGACUCAAAUCUUACACAUUUUUGUGCAUGACCGCAUUCUAAAGAAUGACCCCCCCUUUGCCUCCCCUUUGUGUUUUUUUGCAUCUAGCGUCAUGAGCAUUGUUUUUAAGAUGGUGUGUCAAGUUUAAAAUCGUUAAAUUGCACUCAGAUUGUGUGGACCUGGGUAUCUCAGUGAGUAUUUGACGCUGACUACCACCCCUGGAGUUCGCUAGUUCGAAUCUCAGGGUGUGCUGAGUGACUCCAGUCAGGUCUCCUUAGCAACCAAAUUGGGCCGGUUGCUAGGGAGGGUCUGGGUUUCUCAGCGAGUGUUGACGCUGACUAUCACACCUGGAGUCGCGAGUUUGAAUCCAAGGCGUGCUGAGUGACUCCAGCCAGGUCUCCUUAGCAACCAAAUUGGCCCGGUUGCUAGGGAGGGUAGAGUCACAUGGGGUAACCUCCUCGUGGUCGCUAUAAUGUGGUUCUCGCUCUCGGUGGGGCGUGUGGUGAGUUGUGCGUGGAUGCCGCGGAGAAUAGCGCGAAGCCUCCACACGUGCUACGUCUCCACGGCAACACGCUCAACAAGUCACGUGAUAAGAUGCGCGGAUUGACGUUCUCAGACGCGGAGGCAACUGAGAUUCGUCCUCCUCCACCCGGAUUGAGGCGAUUCACUACCCCACCAUGAGGACUUUGGGAAUUGGCCGUUACAAAUUUGGGGAGGAAAAAUGGGAGAAAAUAAAAAAAGAAUUGCACCCAGAUUGAAAGUUGCCAUGUUGACGCAAAUCCGCUGAAUUAAGGCCACAAUCUACAGUAAACAAGGUCAUAAUCAAUCACGAUAUCUGUAUAGUUGCUGGAUUUCAAUCAGUGUGUUGAUGUCAAGUCACAAAAUUGUUUUUAUGAUCAAUCAUUGCUGUCAUUUUCGAUAACUUAAAGGGAUAGUUCACCCAAAAAUGACAAUUCUCAUUAUGCCAUUCCACAUGUGUCUUUCUUCAGCAGAACACAAAUGAAGAUUUUUAGAAGUUUGGGCUCUGUCAGGUCCUUAUACACGGCUGCCGGCACUCUGACGUCCCACUGAUCGACUGGAGUCGUGUGAAAUACUUUUAUGCUGCCUAAAUGUGACUUUUGGACCGUCAGAGUGCUGGCACCUGUGUAUAAGGACCUGACAGAGUUCAAUCUUCUCCUAAAAAUCUUCAUUUGUGUUCUGCUGAAGACACACAGUCAUACACAUCUGGGGUAUGUCAAUAAUGAGAGAAUUUCCAUUUUUGGGUGAACUAUCCCUUUAAGUACUCAUGUCCAAACCUAAUGCAUUGUAAACCCCAAUGUUGUCAUUACUGGAUAAAAAAAAUCAAAGUGUCUCAAUUAAACAUGACUUAAAUUGCCAAGUUGUUGUGGCAAAGUGUUUCUCUGUCAUCUUCGGCAUAUCAUGGCAACCUUUCGCGAAACCCGUCUGCUUAUCGUGGCUCCCUUCAUCAAAUCGUGGCCCACUUUGGCAUAUUGUGGCCUCGUUUCGCGGCCGGCAUACCGAGAAAAGUCCCGGUUCUCCCGAUGCACAGUCUCAGUUCUCAAUCAAUUGAGUAAAGACAACUUAUUAGGGUUUUCAGUGCAGUAUUUCUACACAAUUACUGUACUAUGUGUUCUCUGUACCACAUGACAUUUUACAUUCUGUUGAAUUUAUUUUGCGUGUGUUUGCUAAAGGUUUGUAUGUAUUGCACAUCUUUAACUAUUGUUAAACGUUACACUAGUAAAGUUGCAAGACCUCUUA